AUGGCCCCAACAUCUCCCCGCCGGUCUCACCACAUUGCUCUCCACAGCGCCGGUUCUGCGGGUGGCGCCCAGCUCUACAUUUCGUGUGCCCAGCUUAGCGUUACCGGGGGCUCCGGGGCCAUCAAGCCCGCCCAGAUGCUCUCCUUCCCCGGAUCUUACACCCCGACCGAUCCUGGCCUCAUGAUCAAUAUCUACUAUCCUGUCCCAACCUCAUAUACCGCCCCUGGUGGUGGUGAUGCCACCUGCUAA